UGUCAGCUGUAAAAGGGAAGGCGGGAAGUUCACUUCCCGCGAAGGCGGCCGCCCCUCCAGCCCAACGUCGCACCUCCCCUCUUUCAAAUUUCAAUCUUCAUUCGAAUAUGGUCCCCAGCACUUCCGGUUCAUGCUCUUCUCGCCUCUCCAGCUUUCGACGUCCCGGGCCCAAUAGCGUAAAUCGUCCAGCUUAGGUUAGGGCGCUCAACUACACGAUAUAGAACUAGGGUUCCUGCUCCAUGCUCGCCCGAUGGGGAACAAGGCCACGGAGGAGCAAAUCGGCGUCGUCCGCUCCGUGGUCGGCCGGGAUUUCUCGGAUAUGGACAUAAUCCGUGCCCUUCACAUGGCCAACAACGAUGCUGCCGCCGCCAUCAACAUCAUCUUCGACACCCCGCACAUCCGCCUCACCGGCGAACCCACCGCCUCCACUACCACUACCGCCACCGCUCGAAAGAAAAGCCUCACUCCUCCCGUGGUUCCGGAUCGCGAAGAGGUCGUUCGGAGAACCAACAUGGAUCUGCCUGUGGAUCCCAAUACCGACAAUGAUGCGGUGCGGCCGUCUGGACCUGCUACCUCCAGGACAUCGGACAGCGACUGGUGGCUCGUUGGAAGCUCCGAGCUUUCUGGGCUGUCAACAUGCAAGGGGAGGCGGCUCAAGGCUGGCGAUAGGGUCACCUUCUCCUUCCCUCCCGCAAAUACCUCGACUUCUUCUCCUUCAACCGCAAGAUUUCCUGGCCGAGGGCGGUCCCUGGCUUCUUGUUCUGACAUCGUGCGGUUCUCUACUCAAGAACACGGAGAGAUUGGUCGCAUCCCAAACGAGUGGGCACGUUGCAUUUUGCCGCUUGUGAGGGCGAAUAAGAUCAGAAUCGAAGGUAGCUGCAAGUCUGCUCCAGAUGCCCUUGGCAUCAUGGACACUAUUCUCUUGUCAGUCAGUGUAUACAUCAACAGUUCGAUGUUCCGCAAGUACCAUCAGACAUCAGUGAAGCCUGCUCGUCCUGCAUCCGUGGAGUCUACAGUUCAUCCGCUUCCAAACCUGUUUAGAUUGCUCGGGCUUACUCCUUUCAAGAAGGCUGAGAUUACUCCAGAGGACCUUUACAGUAGGAAACGGCCCACGGCCUCCAAGGACAGCUCUGGAGUGCUUGUACCUUCAGAAAGAUGUAGAAAAGUAUCUAAUAGUGGAAGCAAAAUAGAAAAUGAUCAUGAGAUUAUUUCAGAUUCUGAUUUGGAUAAUAUUGUCGGAAUCUCAGACCGCUCGGAAUUAGAGGAAAUGGUGCCACCAGAAACUCUGCAAUGCGAGCUACGUCCUUACCAAAAACAGGCUCUUCACUGGAUGGUGCAGAUUGAGAAAGGAAGAUGCUUUGAGGAGGCGGCAACAACUCUUCACCCAUGUUGGGAUGCAUACCGCCUUGCAGAUAAGAGAGGACUUGUUGUUUACUUGAAUGUGUUUUCGGGUGAUGCUUCUAGUGAAUUUCCUAGCACUCUUGAAAUUGCGAGAGGAGGGAUUCUGGCAGACGCAAUGGGACUAGGAAAGACAAUUAUGACAAUAGCUCUUCUUCUUGCCUAUUCUAAUCAAGGGUGCUCACCCACUUCCCCUGCAAGUCAGGCCUUUCUUGAAGCUAAUGAAAGGAGCCACAUGUCUGAUCAAUCUCCAAAUGAUUUGAAGAAACUAAUAGGCAUUUCUGGCUUCUGCAAGCUGUUGAAACCUAAGGCUACACUUGUAGGUGGCGGUAGUCUAAUUGUUUGUCCUAUGACAUUGCUUGGCCAAUGGAAGGCUGAGAUUGAAACACAUGUUCAGCCAGGUGCUCUUACUGUUUAUGUUCACUAUGGACAAAGCAGACCAAAGGAUGCAAAAUUUCUAGCCCAGAGUGAUGUUGUCCUGACCACCUAUGGUGUGUUAGCAUCAGAAUUUUCAGCUGAGAAUGCUGAAGGUAAUGGUGGGCUUUACUCUGUCCGGUGGUUCAGGAUUGUGCUUGAUGAAGCACAUACUAUAAAAUCAUCUAAAAGCCAAAUUUCCAUGGCUGCUGCUUCUCUCACUGCUGAUCGGCGGUGGUGUCUCACAGGCACACCUAUUCAAAACAACCUGGAGGAUAUAUACAGUCUUCUUCGGUUUUUGAAAGUAGAGCCUUGGGCAGACUGGGGGCUGUGGCAUAAACUCAUACAAAAGCCAUAUGAGGAAGGUGAUGAACGUGGAUUAAAGCUGGUGCAGUCCAUAUUAAAGCCAAUAAUGUUAAGGAGAACGAAGUCCAGCACAGAUAGAGAUGGCAGGCCAAUCCUUGUUCUGCCUCCGGCAAAUGUUGAAGUACAUUAUUGUGAGAUGUCAGCAGCUGAGAAGGACUUCUAUGAGGCUCUGUUUAGAAGAUCAAAGGUAAAGUUCGACCAGUUUGUUGAGCAAGGGCGUGUUCUUCACAAUUAUGCUUCAAUAUUGGAGUUGCUUUUACGCCUUCGUCAAUGUUGUGAUCAUCCAUUCCUUGUAAUGAGCCGUGGUGAUACACAAGAAUACUCCAAUCUGAACAAACUGGCAAAGCGGUUCCUUAAAGGUGGUAAGGAUGCUGAUGGCAGAGACUCUAGUGCUAUCCCUUCAAGGGCAUACAUUAAAGAGGUUGUGGAAGAGUUGCGUAAAGGCGAAGAAGGAGAGUGUCCAAUUUGCCUAGAAGCUUUUGAAGAUGCAGUAUUAACACCAUGCGCUCACCGUUUGUGUCGGGAAUGCCUCUUGGCUAGUUGGCGGAGCACCAUGAGUGGUCUUUGCCCUGUUUGUAGGAAAUCCAUGAAUAAGCAAGAUCUUAUAACCGCUCCUACUGAUAAUCGAUUCCAGAUAGAUAUUGAGAAGAAUUGGGUAGAAUCCUCAAAAGUUUCAGUUCUUCUUCGAGAACUGGAAAACCUUCGUAGUCUUGGUGCCAAAAGCAUUGUCUUUAGCCAGUGGACUGCUUUUUUGGAUCUUCUCCAGAUCCCUCUUUCUCGACACAAUCUCACAUUUGUUCGACUGGACGGGACCUUAAAUCAACAGCAACGGGAAAAAGUAAUAAAUGAGUUUUCAGAGGAUAAGAAUAUAUUGGUAUUACUUAUGUCAUUAAAGGCUGGUGGAGUUGGAAUAAACCUUACUGCAGCAUCUAAUGCCUUUGUCAUGGACCCCUGGUGGAACCCAGCUGUUGAGGAACAGGCUGUGAUGCGCAUUCAUCGUAUUGGUCAAACUAAGAACGUAUCUAUCAAAAGAUUCAUUGUAAAGGGAACAGUGGAGGAAAGAAUGGAAGCUGUGCAGGCACGAAAACAGAGGCUGAUCUCUGGGGCCCUAACUGAUCAGGAAGUUCGCACUGCACGCAUAGAAGAACUGAAAAUGCUCUUCACUUAGAAGUUUAGGAGGUAGUGCUAUCCUUCUGCAUCUGAAUACAUUGUAGAUGCUGAGGUAUGGUUCUUUGAUGGGUCUAUCACUGCAAUUCUGGUAUACAGCAAUUGGUCAUGAGACAAGCUUGUUUGCAAGCUUUGUUGAUAGAUAGAUAUUGAUGGGUGGCGGAGGCUAAUGUGCGUGCUCCAUAGCAUCAGCUUUAUCCUGAUUUUCUCAAUCAGUUACAGUUGCCAGUGCUGUAUAUAUUGCCUUCAGUCUUCUGAUUCCAGAUUCUGCAAUUGUCGCAAUGCAUGAGCAAUACAUUGUGGCAGCGACUUGGUUUUGUCAAAAGGAAAUAUUUGUGAAAGCUUUAGGCAAGUUUUGUAUUAUGAAAUGCUUCGAGCACAGAUACGGGCAGGUUAUAUAGCCCCUGUAAACAUGCAUGACAUUAAUGGGGACAAUCCGGUUGCAACUCCCAUGUUGCCGAUUUACAUGAACUGAGUAAUUGAUAGAAAUGGAAGCAAGUCAAUAACCUUUUAAUUGCUGAGA